AUGUCCUUACAUUUCCAGGAGAGCCUUUGCAUGCAAGAUUCCUUCCCAUUGACUGUCCAGCCCUGUGUGAUGCCAAAGGACUGUGAGACUUCAGAGUGGUCCCCCUGGAGCCCCUGCUCCAAGACCUGCCGUUCUGGGCGUCUGUCACCUGGAGUCAGGAGCAGGAGCAGGAAUGUGAAGCACAUUGCUAUUGGAGGUGGCCAGGAAUGCCCAGAACUUCUUGAGAUAGAGACCUGUAUUGCUGAAGGGGAACUUCUGCAGCCAUGUCCCAGUGAGAAAAAGACUUCUGUGCAUGCUUGGUGUCAUCGUCUGCUUUCUUCAGAGGUGAACACUUUUCUCAUUGCUGCUUCUUCUUCUUCUAAACAAAUCAACCCAAACAGGUAUUCCUGGAGAACCUCUGCAUGGAAGGAAUGCCAAGUCUCUCUUCUUCUGGAGCAACAGGACCCACGUUGGCAUGAAUCAGGACCAGUCUGUGGUGGUGGGAUCCAGACCAGGGAGGUGUACUGUGCCCAAAGUCUACCGGCAGCCAUCACAUCAAGGAGCAAGGAAGUUUCUAGACCAGUGGAAAGUCCAUUAUGUUUGGGACCUGCCCCCUCGGCCUCCCAGCUCUGCAAUGUGCCUUGCUCCACAGCCUGCAUUGUGUCCUCCUGGUCAUCCUGGGGCCCGUGUGUUCAUGAAAACUGCCAUGAUCCUCAGGGGAAGAAAGGCUUUAGAAUGAGACAGAGACAUGUUCUCAUGGAGUCUACAGGGCCCACGGGGCACUGCCCUCAUCUGGUAGAAUCCAUGCCUUGUGAGGAUCCAAUGUGUUACCGAUGGCUUGCUUCGGAAGGCAUCUGUAUCCCUGAUCAUGGGAAAUGUGGCCUAGGACAUCGCAUCCUGAAGGCUGUCUGUCAGAACGAAAGAGGAGAAGAAGUAUCAGGGAGUCUCUGCCCAGUGCCUCCUCCUCCAGAACGGAUGGCUUGCGAUAUUCCCUGCCGAAUGGACUGUGUGGUGAGUGAGUGGACGGUGUGGUCAUCUUGCUCCCAGUCCUGUUCAAACAAAAAUGCAGAUGGCAAACAAACCAGGUCGCGGUCUCUCCUGGCUUUGGCUGGAGAAGGUGGUAAGCCAUGCCCUAGUAAUCAGGAACUGCAAGAGUACCGUCUAUGCAAUGAUCAUUCCUGUACACAUCUCUACUGGGAAACAUCUGCUUGGGGUCCCUGCUCUGAAAAUACUCUUGUGACCGCCUUCAAUGUGACCAUUGGCUGGAAUGGAGAAGCAACAUGUGGAGUGGGCAUUCAGACACGGAGAGUCUUCUGCAUCAAGAGUCAUGUGGGACAAGUAAUGACCAAAAGAUGUCCAGAGUCCACACGGCCAGAAACUGUAAGACCUUGUUUCCUCCCAUGCAAGAAAGACUGUCUUGUGACUGCUUUCAGCGAGUGGACACCCUGCCCACGCCUGUGUCAGUCGGUGCCACUUCGUCAGGUAGGGCCAGCGUUGCCACAGACCCAGUGGGCAAAGGGAUCAUGGCAGCUCUCAGUGACGUCUUCGUGUGCUCUCAGCUUGCUGGCUACUACCACCAAUGUCUUAUGCUACAAAGAGGGUACCCUGCAUAUGCAGUUCAACACGUGUGCCAUUCAUGUUCUUACACUACCACAGGGAAAUACCACAAUAAAACAGUCACGGUACAGGAUUAUCAUCCAGGAAGCUGCCAAUGGAGGUCAAGGGUGCCCAGAUACCUUAUUUGAAGAGAGAGAGUGUGAAGAUAUCUCAUUGUGUCCUACAUACAGAACAGAAGCCAUCCUCCCUGUGUCAAAAAUAGACACUUUUACUAACUUGAGGAAGGUGGAAACUACAGAAAUGGAGCCCCUGUAUCUUGGUUCCAGAGUCUGUCAGGCAGGGGAGGUCAGGCGCCAGCGAGGCAUGUGGGAAGGGGCUGCAGACAAGAGCCCGCUACCCACUACCCACUACCCACCCCUGCUGGUGUCAAUGGCGGAAGUUUCAGGGAACGCUCAAGAUCCAGAGCGCAGCUAUCAGCCACUCUUGCUCCCUUCUCCCUGGCAGACCACAAUCACAAGGUUGUUUCUGCAGAUUCGCUAUGGGAAGCUUGUAUCUAGGCGUCGGUUAUAA